AUGUCGAAACCAACCUUUUCUUUCAAUCCUCCCGCCUCUAGUGGGGCUUCUGCUGGCAGUCUCUUUGGCACCGCUGGCACUUCGAAUACGGCGCCGAGUUCGGGGAGUCUCUUUGGAAAUAUGGGAACAACUAGUGGUGGCUCGGCCCCUUCUCCGUUUGGGUCAAGCUCUACACCAGGACAAAGCACUCCAAUUUUCGGUAGUGCUGGAGGUAGUGCUGCGACUAGUAGUGGUACGACUGGGUUUAGCUUCGGGACUCAGAACAAUGCAGGGACUACUGGCCAGACGAGUUCUUUGUUUGGCAAUGCGUCGCAAACACCUAAUAAGUCGAACGAAUCCUCAGGGUCUGGACAGACACCUACUGGGAACAUCUUUGGAAACGCUGCAAAACCUUCUGGCGGUUUGUUUGGGAACACUACGACCACUCCCGGGCAGUCUGGAAGCUCACCCUUCGCCAACACAUCCACGACUCCUGCUGGUCUUCCUCCACUGGGAAACGCUACUGGCCAGGGACAAUCUCUCUUUGGACAGACGGCGCAAAAACCCGGAGGUCUAUUUGGUGCAUUAAACAACUCCUCGUCGACUACCCCGUCUACUUCCGCAACACCAUCUUCAACUGCCCCAACGAUCGGAGCAACCUCUCAGCCGCAAUCUGCAGGAGGUAUAUUUGGAUCUAACGCAGCACAGAAACCACUGUUUGGUACGACUCCGUCGGCGCCUUCUGGUGGUGGUCUUUUUGGAAACGCCAGCAAAGACAAACCCGCCGAAUCGACGACUCCCGCGGCCUCUACAAACGGUGCGCCGAAGUCUCUCUUCGGAACCACUCCAGCUCCUUCCCUUGGUAGUGCCCAGAGUGGCCAAACGUCUUCCUUGUUCAAGCCGCCAUCCUCUGGUACUGAUUCUACAGCUAAACCUGCCUUCCCUUCCCUCGGUGCCAUGACUCCAGCCGCUCAAUCGUCGACGACUCCUGACUCUUCUUCCGCUACACCACAAAAAAUCUCAUUUCCGGCCCUUGGCGGCGCUACCUCAUCAACGACCCCAUCGUCGACACCUGCUGCCACUCCGUCUACCGGAUUGCCGUUCCCAGGGCUCAGCGCUCCCAAGUCUACGGGAACGAGUGCCCCCGGAACCGCAGCCCCUGCUUUUCAAGUCACUGGGUUGCUUGCGAAGCCUGAUGCAACUACCCCAUCAACCCAGCCCCCAAGCACCGGUAGUAAUGGAACCACUGCCACCGCCCAGCCAUCAACGACUGCCACAUCUGGAACGGUCACCUCGACCACAAGCACAGCGGAAGCGACUAAAACGACUGGAGGGAUCUCUCUUGGAGCGUCAACUACCGGCCCUGCCCCUCCUGCCCAAUCGCGCCUGAAGAACAAGACCAUGGAUGAGAUCAUCACCCGGUGGGCCACUGACCUGACGAAGUACCAGAAAGAUUUCCGAGAGCAGGCUGAAAAAGUCGCCGAGUGGGAUCGGAUGUUAGUGGAGAAUGGAACCAAAGUCCAAAAGCUGUACGGCAGCACUGUCGAUGCCGAGCGUGCGACACAAGAAGUCGAACGCCAGUUGGCUUCUGUUGAAGGACAACAGGAAGAAUUAGCAUCUUGGCUGGACCGGUAUGAGCGCGAGGUGGAUGAGAUGAUGUCGAAGCAGGUGGGCCCGGGAGAGUCUCUUCAAGGGCCGGACCAAGAGCGCGAAAGGACUUACCAAAUGGCCGAGAAGCUGUCAGAUCGCCUGGAUGAAAUGGGCAAGGAUCUGACCAGCAUAAUCGAAGAGGUCAAUAGUGCCUCAGCGACCUUGAGUAAGACAAAUAAUGCAGAUGAGCCGAUUUCUCAAAUUGUGCGCAUCCUGAACUCUCACCUGUCUCAGCUACAAGUCAUCGAUCAAGGUACUACCGAGCUGCAGGCAAAGGUCCAUGCGGCGCAGAAGGCUGGACAGACAUUGUCCUCCCGAUUCGGACACGGGUUCAGCAGCUCCGGAAUAGGUGGCUCGAAUGCUGCAGAUGAUUUCUACCGCUCUUACAUGGGACGGCGGUAA